GCGGUGUAGCCGAGCCCACCGUGCCCUUGCCGAGGAGGAGAUACAUCAUGGCGCCUCGGUUCUGGCCCGUGGUGAAGUUCCUGGUCAAAGGCGGUGUGGCUGGUGGGGCUGUCUAUCUGGUGUACAAAGAGGGGUUGCUGGGGUCCAGUGAUCGGGGAGAAGCCGCCCUGAAGAAGGCUCAGGCUGUGGUGCCUCCGGCCCUCAGGGAUUGGGGCGCUUACUUAAGCCGGCAGACGGGUGUAGAGCUCCCAGCUGUUCCCCAAAUCAGCUUUUCCUUGAGCAGCUCCUGGAAUUCAGGAGUGCAGGCAGCGAUGGCGGCACUCUCCGUGGCCCCCACCAGGGCCGGUAUGUACUUUCAGGAUGGCUGGCGGUACGUGAAGGACCUGAUCAAAUGAAGCGGGGGUCCGAAGAGAACGAUAUGCACUUGACUGAGAAGGGGAGCGGGGCAGCUCCUGGCUUCUCGAGAAUUAAAGAACUUUGUGCCCAAUGCCUACCC